CGUCUCUCUGUUCCAUCUUUGGCGGCCCGCGCCUGGCGCUCCGUGGCCGCCGGUCUCACUCCCCGCCCUCCAUUCCGCCUGAACCCAAAGCUACUCCUAGGCGCCGGGAUUUUGUCCUGGCGGCUGCCGGGCGGUGGAGGGGCGAGGGCGGUCAUCGCCAGCGGGCCGCGAGCGGGUGGGGCCGUGGAGAUCCCUCUAGAGAGAAGUAAGACCCUCCCACCCCUGUACGCGGGGGCUGCUCCUGUCCCGGUCCCGCUCCAGGUCCGAUUCUCGUGGCCUUGGGGGAGCCAGAGGCCUGGAGAUGCAGCUAACCAGUCCCCAGCGCGGGGUGGGUGCUUUAGUCCUCGAAGCCUUCCUGCUCCCACUGGGAGUGGAAACUUCCCAUUUCGGAAACCUCCAGCGGAAUAGCUACGUUACAGCGUUCUUUGGCCUCGGGCUGUUGGGUGGCACCUCAGAACCACCUGUGCCCGCUGCCCCCAGUGGAGGGCCCCCUUGCUUCCCUCAUCUGUGAGGAUCAUAAAUAUGAAAUGUGUGAAAAAUGGAAAGUGUGAUAUACUAAGUGAAAAAAAGCCGAGUACAGGUGGGGCCCAGAGGUGCCAACUGGACCCAGGCAGCAGCUGCACAGUGUCAUGUGGAGGUAGACAGCAGUGGCGGGUUUGCCUCCACCCACCCUCGGAGGGUCUCCAUUGUCAUUGGAAGACAUUUUUAGGCCAGGGAAUAAAGAUAGAGAAAACGAAAAAGAGAAAAAAUCAGUGAUCUGCGUUGAGGGCAACAUUGCAAGCGGGAAGACGACGUGCCUGGAGUUCUUCUCCAACACAACGGACAUGGAGGUGUUACCGGAACCAGUGCCCAAGUGGAGAAAUGUCCGUGGUCAUAAUCCUCUGGGGCUGAUGUACCAUGAUGCCUGUCGAUGGGGCCUCACACUGCAGACGUAUGUGCAGCUCACCAUGCUGGAACACCACACUCGUCCUCAGACAUCACCUGUACGGUUGAUGGAGCGGUCGAUUCACAGCGCAAGAUAUAUUUUUGUAGAAAACCUAUAUAGAAGCGGGAAGAUGCCCGAGGUGGACUACGUAGUUCUAUCCGAAUGGUUUGACUGGAUCGUGAGGAACAUCGACGUGUCUGUAGAUUUGAUAGUGUACCUGCGGACCACUCCCGAGACCUGUUACCAGAGGCUGCAGCUGAGAUGCAGGGAAGAGGAGACGGUCAUUCCCCUGGAAUACCUGAACGCUAUUCACCACCUCUAUGAGGAGUGGCUCAUCAAAGGGGGCCUUUUCCCUGUGGCAGCCCCUGUUCUGGUGAUUGAGGCUGACCACGACAUGCAGAAAAUGUUAAAACUCUUUGAACAAAACCGGGACCGAAUAUUAACUCCAGAGAAUCAGAAACAUGGUUCAUAGGAUGGGAAAGAUCAUGCCAGAAAAAUGCCUGCUGCUGCGAGGUUAGCUAUUAGGAGCAAUUUGGAAAUACCCACUCUCGGGAGGGCUUGAUAUCUGGCCACAUUUGUUUUCCUGAUGGUCUUUUCCUCUUUGUCACCGUCUUCCUCCUUGGUCUCUGGCCCUUGUGGGUAAAUGACAAAUGGGACCAAUGGGUUUGUCAUGCCCUUUGGUGUUUGCAGCCUUGCAUUCCCCCAGCACUUCUCCUGGUGGCUUCCCACUGCUGGGUCCCUGUGAUUAAGGAAAGAGCCACCCGAAGUUAUGCUGGGCUUAGGGUCUCUAACCCUUCUGACUACCCAGGAGAGCGAGGUAGUGACCUCACAUCCCAGGGAGAAAGUUGAAACUCAGAGAGGCUAAGUGACUCCCCCAGGGUCCCACAGCCAGUGACAGUGGUGUUGGCACAAUUCAGACUUUUGGUGAUUCUAGAACAUUCUCUCCUUCAUCCUGAGAGCCUGUCUUCCCUUGCUAGAGAUCUCACAUGUGUAUGGGGAGAGCCAGCAGUGCGUGGAGCCAGUGUCAUCAUUUUCUCAUUAUCCAAGCAGUUUGCAAGGACAGUUGAUGUUCUUAGACUUCCACAAAAUUGUGCUGCGUUUGGCUUGAGCCCAGCGUUAAGUGGUUUCCCAGCAGGAGGCUGCCGUGGCAUUCGCUACUGAGGCAUCUGGCCUUCCAUGUCCUUAGGAGAAUCAUGCAGCGGGUCCUGACUGGUGCUCGGUCUCCUUGGUGAUGAAGGCCUUGCCAGAGCUGAUGCCAGUUCUCAGUCAGGGAAAUGGCUUUGGUGCCUGGGUUGUUUGCCCAGGGCCAAGCUGGGGCGAGGGGCCACCAGCCCUGGCUUCUGAGGCCUCCUUACUCUACUGGCCUCGUGUGAAGAGCUUUGCCCUUGGAAUUACUGAGAGUCUGUGGCCCGGGAGAGAGACACACAUGGCCUUAACAAUUUUUAAAAUGUUUUUCUAUCCAAGAGACACUUUGGACCAUAGAGCAUGAAAUCAUCUUUAUUGGUUCAGAAAAUAUCUUAGCUUCACUCAGCUGCAGCAAUGCAUCAAAGCUGCAGCUAUCUCUUGAGUCAAGUGGAAAGAGAAAGAACAUUCUUUUAAGAGGGCAAUCUGGACUGGAAGAUCAGGGCUUGUAAGCAGAGGCUCUUGGAGUACGGGUGCUCCUGAUAUUUUGGAGGUGGGACAAGAGAGCUUCGAGAAGACUGGUUGUAGACAUGGGGAAGGGUCAGUUGUGACUUUGGGGAAACAGGCCUCAGCCUCUCCUCACAGUGGUUGGCAUCAACGAAGGUUAGACGGCCUCAUUCUGGCCUCUGAGUGAGUGCGGACUCUGUGCGUGCAGUUCUCUGACUCGAUGUGCGUGACUGGAGCCCUGGUGGUCCCGUCCCAGAGGGAGGCAAGCACUGUGACUCCUGGACCAGUUCUUGGGCUCCGUGAGCAGGACGAGGGGCGGCAGCCUAGCAGGGACGUGUCUCUCCGCCCAAAUGUCCGGGAUUGACCAGAAGUCUGGGGUCAGGAAGCAGGAGCCUGUGCUGCCAGGUGUCGUGACGAGCCCCGGCCGUCUUUGGGAAUUUGUAAGUGAACAGUCCAGGAUUUGCCCCACAGCUGAAUUUGAGCAUCUCUUUUGGGGGAAAUGUGAUUUAAACAAAAGUAAAGUCUUGCCCUGUGGUAGCCAAUAAAUCCUUCACCUAAAACCUGCCGUGAAUCUUAGCGUGCUGCCUCGGCCAGGGAUUUGAGCUCUGAGCAGCAGUAGGAUAAUGUUUUCAUUUGUUUAAGCCUCAUCUUUCCUAAUGUGGGGUGUGCGGGUCUGGGAGAGCACCCCAUCCUCUCGCUCCAGGACUGCGGGUGCUGUGGGUCUGCGGACAAGGGUUGCUUUCCCAGUGUGGCAGGUGGGGCCAGUGGCAUAGGGGUCGUAGCGCAGUUACAGAAGCGAGGGCAGAAGGAGGGCAGAUGGCCUGUGGUGGGCACGGGGCCUGGUUUUUAGAGCAGAGGGAGGCACGCUCCAGGACUCCCAGGAAUGGCUGGUGUCUCUAAAUUGCCAAUACAGCGAGUCAGGGCAGUGACAUCCCCGAUUUGCUGGUGUCACCCCAUUCUUACCCUGAUGCGGGGUUCCAGAGAGCAUAACAGGAGGAUGCCCCAGAGCGGCCCCAGCUGCUUUGACCCUUGAUAAUUAAAAAAAAUUUUUUUGAAUAGCAUAUACAUUUGCUUUUAGUCAGUAUUUUCAGUGAAAUAAUUCUAUUUACACUUCAGCUUUUUAAUUUUACAUGCAAAAGACAUGAUUGGAAUCAUUCAGAAAUAUUUCCUGUACCUGGUGAUUAAAAAAAAAAACAACGAGGUGAAAGUGUAUUUCUGUGUCGCAUGGGAGUGUGGAGGUGGGUGAUUCAAGGCUGGUGUGGUGGCUCCAAGGCCGUCAGGGUUCUGGGCUCUUUCUGGCUUUCUGUUCCCAGUUCAACUUCCUGGUUCAUGGCUUCCUUCCUCCAGGGACUUCCCUGUCCUUGGUGGUGCCAGAGCUCCUACUCUGCCUACUGUUGGCAUCAGGGCACCCUGUGCCCUGCUCACACGUUCUAAUGUGGAUGAUGACCUUCUCAAGGCUCAACUGAGAUAAGCUGGAAGGUUCUAGGCCUUGGAGGUGAGACAAUGACAGGAGGGAAGUCUGGAUUCACGAGCUGGACCACAGGUCUGGCGUCAGGGCCAUGGUGCCCUCUGGCCCAUCCUGUCCCUCCCUCCUGCCCUCACAUCAUGUCUCCCUCACUGCCUGGUGCUCUGGUGUCCUCAGCUCAACCUGCCUCCUGCGUUGGGCGGAGCCAGGUGAGGGCAUGACCACCGGACUGCCGCACUCCCACAGCAUGGCUCUCGGGAGGUGUAAAUAACACCUCCCUAACUGUCGGCCCUGAGAAAUGAUGUCACCUCUCCGUUCCUCUUCCUACCCCCUUUCAUUUCUAUCUGAGCCCCUCACCUAGAUGCGAUGUGCACCCCUCCCUGCCUGUGGAACACCUCAGUCAGAGACCCUUCCAGGACCUCCCGCAGACUCCCACCACCAGACCCAGGGAAGGACUGAAGCAUUUACAACUCUGAGAGCAGUAGAUGUUUCCAGAACCUGCCUACCCCGGCUGCUGUUGAAUCUGUGCCAUGUUGUUUUCCUAGAGCCCUGGAGCCAGAUGGGGGCGCUCACUUCAAGUGCUCCCCUGUCUGUGGAAUGAGUAACAUUCAUCCCAGUGGCCUCUCCACCCUGAAAAAUUACAGUUAUUAAAGUAAUUGACGAGCUCCUGGAAAUGUCAGCCCUGCCUGUUGAAAAUCUAAUAACAAUAAUAGCCCGCCUGGUGCUUCUGGGCUCUGGCGGUGGAUUACUCACUCAGGGCCCCAGGGUCACUGGCAUGGGCCUUUCUUUUCCUCAGAACCCCAGCCCUGCUGCUCCCCUAAGGCUGAGUGAACUCCGUGUUCCUCUAGUUUACAUAAGACAGUGAGCUUGCCAAAGGCAGUCAUUAAACAGAAGCCAAGUGAGAGCCAGUCUUGUGGAAUCCAGAGCAGGUAUCGGCAUUUACUGCUGUCUUCCUGAAUUUCUGCAUUUCUUGGCUUUCCCUUCUUCAAGGCUGGGGUCCGUGGAACACAGGUGUCCUAGGAGAUAAUACUAGGUGUUGUCAGAAAGGGGCGUUCCUUAGUCUAGGAGAUUCAGGAAGCGCCACCUGGGAACUUUCUCUGAGACGCACAAGGUGCAUUGGUUUAGUUAAACUUGAGCAGUCCUGUGAUAAAAACACCUUUUCAACUUUAUUAAAGCCAAGGGACUCUCAAAUUCAUUGACAGUGAAAGCCCUCACUGGGGAAUAGCCAUUAACAGCCUCCGAGUGUGCCUGUGCUCCUCGGAACACACAUUGGGAAAAGCAUUGUUUUAGGGGACCUGCAGCUGCUGCUGACUCUCAGCUCUUGUACCCUUUGGGAGUCUCUAGCUCCUGGUUCUCCGACUUCAGUGCAUCUGAGUCCCCUGGAGGACACGUUAAACCAGGGAUUACGAGGCCUACCCCCAGAGUUUCCAGUCGAGCAGGUCUGGGGUGUACCUGAGAAUCUGUUCUCUCACACUGUUCCAGGUGACCAGGAGGCUGUGGUCCAGGGACCACCCUUGGAGAGCCACCUCUCUAGACUGACAUUUUCUAGAAUUGGACAUCCCAGAAUUCCAAGAAACCUUGGCACCUUUUUGGUUGUUGAACAUCUUGUGAUUGUUGGUUAUCCUGUCUGUCAAACGAGAGAAUUGCUCACCUCUCAGGACUUGGCACAUGGAAGGGGCCCGGACCAGGGCCCGGUAUGCUGCAAGUGUCCCUGUAAAUGUUCAUUCGUCCAAUGUGGCCCAGAAAAUGGGACCGUGACGCAGUUACUUGGUGGAGGAAUGGCAGCAGCUGCACUGACUGGCACUUCCCGUCAGAGUGGUGUUGAUGUGUGCUCUCACCGGCUCAUCAGGGGCCACCAUGACUGAUCUGUUCAGUGGGCACAGGCCACAGGCCUGGUGGAGUUCUGGAAUAACAGAGCAUGGGGCAGGCAAUUGGCCCUUCUCUUCGUUUUAAAAAUGUUCCUCCUUCUCAUGGGGUCUCGAUCUGUACCUGGCAUCCCGUGGCAUGAGAGGGAGGCCUGGAGAGACAUAGCUGCUUCUCAGGCCAUGGGACGGACAUUUCCUGUACCAGCAAGGUCUUGGAUUCCUUACACAAUAAACUGAUGGUUUUCUG